GAGAGGGGAGGGGGCCGCGGGCGGCGGCAGCAGCAGCAGCAGCAGCAGCGGGACGCGAAGCAGCCGGGAGCGGAAGCAGGGAACAACACUGCCAUUAUGAAUCGUCGGCUUGCACAAGAGGAGCUGAGUCUUCAGGACGUCUGUGGGAUGCUACGGGAAGAGCUGUGCCAGGGGAAUGACUUUCUCCAGUCAGAUACCCACAUCUUCAUCAUCUUAGGGGCUUCGGGUGAUCUAGCCAAGAAGAAGAUCUAUCCAACCACUUGGUGGCUGUUCCGAGAUGGGCUGCUUCCAGACGAGACAUAUGUGGUGGGUUAUGCCCGGUCCCAGCUCACCGUUGCUGACAUCCGCAAACAAAGCCAGCCAUACCUAAAGGCCACACCUGAGGAACAACAGAAGCUGGAUGAGUUCUUUGCCCGCAACUCCUACAUCCAAGGACAGUAUGAUGACCGGGCCUCCUUUGAACAGCUCAACACUCACCUGAACUCCCUGCACAACGGCGAGAAAGCCAACCGGCUCUUUUACUUGGCUUUGCCCCCCAGCGUCUACGAGAAUGUCACCCAGAACAUCCGGGAGACCUGCAUGAGUACUGUUGGCUGGAAUCGUAUCAUCGUAGAGAAGCCUUUUGGCAAGGACUUGGAAAGCUCCAACAGGUUGUCAGAUCACAUCUCAGCCCUUUUCAGAGAAGACCAGAUCUACCGCAUUGACCACUACCUGGGCAAGGAGAUGGUUCAGAACCUGAUGGUGCUCAGGUUUGGGAACCGGAUCUUUGGCCCUGUCUGGAACCGGGACAAUGUAGCCUGCGUCAUUCUGACCUUCAAAGAGCCGUUUGGCACGGAGGGCCGUGGUGGCUACUUUGAUGAGUUUGGCAUUAUUCGGGACGUGAUGCAGAACCACCUCCUCCAGAUGCUCUGCCUGGUGGCUAUGGAGAAACCGGCCUCAACCAACUCGGACGACGUGCGAGAUGAGAAGGUGAAGGUGCUCAAGUGCAUCUCAGAAGUGCAGCCUGAGAAUGUGGUGCUGGGCCAGUACAUGGGAGAUCCAGCAGGCAAAGGGGAAGCUCAGAAGGGCUACCUGGAUGACCCCACGGUCCCAUCUGGCUCCACCACCCCCACCUUUGCUGCUGCCGUGGUCUACGUGGACAACGAGAGGUGGGACGGAGUGCCAUUUAUCUUGCGUUGUGGCAAAGCUCUGAACGAACGCAAGGCGGAGGUGCGGCUGCAAUUCCGCGAUGUGCCAGGUGACAUCUUCCAGAGGCAGUGCAAGCGCAAUGAACUGGUGAUCCGCGUGCAGCCCAAUGAGGCUGUCUACACCAAGAUGAUGACCAAGAAACCUGGCAUGUUCUUCAACCCGGAGGAGUCAGAGCUCGACCUCACUUACGGCAACCGUUACAAGGGUGUGAAGCUCCCAGAUGCCUAUGAGCGCCUCAUCCUGGAUGUCUUCUGUGGGAGCCAGAUGCACUUUGUUCGUAGUGAUGAGCUCCGUGAGGCCUGGCGCAUUUUCACUCGAUUGCUCCACAAGAUCGAGGCUGAGAAGACCAAACCUAUUCCCUAUCGCUAUGGAAGCCGGGGCCCUCCGGAGGCAGACGAACUGAUGAAAAGGGUUGGAUUCCAGUACGAAGGCACCUACCGCUGGGUGAACCCUCACAAGCUAUGAGCGCUGCCCUGAGCCUUGCCGGGAACCGUUUCAGCGGCUCUGUUCCACUCCUCCCUGCAGAAGCUGAGCUGGCCAGGCUGGUGGAGGGACUCACUUGCUCUAGCCUUUUCUCCCCCCCCCCUCCCCAAGGGACCGUAUAUGAAGCAGGGAAGCACCUUCUGCAGUUGCUUGGUUGGGUUAUAGGUACUGGCGCGCUCCCUCCGUGGUGCCUAGACUCUGGGGGUUGAGGCUGCUGCUUCUCCUCCCCAGCCCUUACUGUGGGCCUUGCCUGGCAGGUGCCUCCUUAGAUCAGCUCCAUAGACAGCACUCCCCCCAGAUGGACUAGCACUUCCUCCUUUGACCUCAGCGCCUCUCUGAGGGUAGAUCUUGCCUAUAGGAGGACGAGGCUGCUGGGAAGGAGGGGGGGGCCUCCUCCCGCCGAUACAUGCUGCUCUGUCAAUUGCACUAGUUCGGCUUUUGCUGCAUUAUUCGUUACAUUCCUGCCCAGUCCAUUUCUGGGCUUGUCUAUAAAGCUUUCCUGUAAAUGUAAAUUAUUAGAAAGA